AUGAAAGAAGGAGAUGUGGAUAAAAGGGGCUUGAAUACAAAUCCCAAGAAAAUUAACAAUGAAAAUGUAGUAGAGCAUGUCGAAUCAUUUCAUCCUACGAUAUCGCAUUAUAGACGUGAGCAUGCUCCCAAUGUAAGGUACUUGUCUUCAGAUAUUACAGUGCGAGCAAUGUAUAGUAAUUAUUGUGAGACCCACUGCACUGACCAGGAGAAACCGAUCUCAUACGAGUACUACCGUAAGAUCGUCAAAGAUCGCAAUAUAUCUUUUGCUAAAUUAAGUCACGAGGAAUGUGAAUUAUGUCAAAAAUUCUUGAUUCAUAAUACGUCACCGAAAUUGUGA